GGUGAGGGUUUGGGUUGCAGGGAUUUUCAGGUAAGAGUAAAAUAACUGGCGGAAUGCUGGCUUGGUCUGGUCAGCGAGCGCUUCUACAGCAUCCUUUCCCGGUGCAGAGUCUCUCUCUCCUCGCUGUUGCAGUGUUCGUAUGAAUGAUCAGGGUUUGGAGUUUGCUAGGGUUUAGCUGUAGGGAGUUUCUGUCGCUGUUUCGAAGUUGCCCUUUACAGUUCGCAUGUAUGGUUGAAGAGUGAAGCGUGAGAGUUCAACAAGGCGAAGAAGGGUUUCUCUAGGCCUUUGCCGGCGGAAAUGAGCGCGUCCAGGUUCAUCAAGUGUGUCACCGUCGGCGAUGGCGCUGUUGGUAAAACUUGCAUGCUUAUCUCCUACACCAGCAACACUUUCCCCACGGAUUACGUGCCAACAGUGUUUGACAAUUUUAGCGCAAAUGUGGUUGUGGAUGGGAGCACCGUUAAUCUGGGUUUGUGGGAUACUGCAGGCCAGGAGGAUUACAACAGAUUGAGACCUUUGAGCUAUCGUGGGGCGGAUGUUUUUUUGCUGGCAUUUUCCCUCAUCAGCAAAGCCAGUUAUGAAAAUGUUGCCAAGAAAUGGAUUCCUGAAUUAAGGCAUUAUGCUCCUGGCAUCCCAAUCAUUCUUGUUGGGACGAAACUUGAUCUUCGGGACGAUAAGCAAUUUUUUAUGGACCAUCCUGGUGCUGUACCUAUUACAACCGUGCAGGGGGAGGAGCUGAGGAAGGCAAUUGGAGCUCCUGCUUACAUUGAAUGCAGUUCAAAAACGCAACAGAAUGUAAAGGCUGUAUUUGAUGCGGCCAUUAAGGUGGUUCUCCAGCCACCAAAGCAGAAGAAGAGAAAGAAGAAGAAGGGACAAAAGGCCUGCUCGAUAUUGUGAUCAAGCAUAUAGGCUGUGGCAGAAAACGAUUGACUCAGCUAGCCCAUCUGUGCAAGUAGCGUCUACCUCUUUUCUUCUCAUUCCACCUUGGGUAAGCAGUAGGCUUUGGCUUGUAGUCUCUAACCGAUUGUACUGCCAAGCUCAUAUAACAUAACAGGUGGUUCGUUCGUGGCUUUCACAGUUGUGUUGUGAGUUGUAUAUCAGUGAUUGUGCUUGAUAUUGUGUUUCUUUGGGUCUAGAUUGGUAUUGUUGUAUUGACCAGAUCCCAGGUAGACUACAUCAAUGGAAAUGCCAAAACCCUGCCAUUUUCCUCAGUGGACUUGGUUAUAUAUAUGUUUUUGUAACUUGCUUUGUUAUGUUGACAAGCAGCUUGGCAGCAUGUCUAAUGUUACGUUGCAUUAUGUAAGAUGCUGCAUACAGCCUACUGUCCUGGAACUGUGAAAUUAUUUUGUAGGAAACAAAUACUCUGUUCCUUGUAGUUCUCGUACUUUUUUCAUGUUGCUGAAAUUUCUUGUAGUCAUGUUUCUUUAUAUAAUAUAUGUUAUAUCAUUAAGAAGGAA